AUGCUUGUCUCACGCCCUCGAGGAAUCGCGCGCAAGCACCGUCGCAACGACUAUCUGCACACGCCGCUGAGCCGCCACGCCUUCAGCGACGUACGAUCGACCUCGACCUUCUACCACUACCCGACCCAGCAGAAGCAGCGCCCCCCGACAAUGGGUUGGUUUGGCCCGUCGCGCUCGCCCUACAGCUCCGGCGGCGGCGGCUACUACUCGUCCUCCAAGUCCAACUGGGGCCGUCCCGCCAGCACCUACUCGUCGCAUUCAUACUACAAGCGCCGCCCGCGCGACGGCUACAUCAACCGCCUGCUCUACAAGCUUAAGCAGCUCUUGCGCGAACUGUACGACUAUGCGCGCCGCCAUCCGGCCAAGUUGUUCUUCAUGGUCGUCAUGCCCUUGUUGAGCAGCGGCGCUUUGCACGGCGUCCUGCGCCAGUUUGGCAUCAGCUUGCCGCGCGCGCUGAAUAGCGCGCUUGGCGGUGCCUCGAUGGGAGGGAGCUACAGCAGCCACGGCUCAAGGAGCUAUGGCGGCGGAUAUUACGGUAGCUCCGGCUACGGCGAUGACUACGGGAGAGGCAGUGAUGGCCUGAACCUGGGCAGCUUGAUGAGCCUCGCAAGCCUGGCGAAGCACUUCAUCUGA